AUGGCCGCCGAUUCCGACGAAAGAUCCCCACUGCUCGCCGCGGCGGAUGAGCACGAAAAUGAGAUUGAAAGAGACUUGCCCAAUGAAUCGUCGCCUCUAUUAGCGAACCGCAGGAGUUCUGGCGCAGGCUCCGACCACGAAGAUCACCAUGACACAUCACAACCUACACAGAAAGAUGAGGCGCCGCCAAGGAAACGACGCUGGCCGUCUCUCAUUGCCAUGGUCAUCUUGGCAACCCUAGUAGUCGUGGUUAUGGUCCUCGGCUUUGUUGUGCCACCGGCUGUUCAGCAAUAUAUCGAGAACGCAGUUGUCCUGGAGCCAACAGACUUGUCCAUUGAGUCGUUGACAGCAAAUGGGGUUCGUGCUCGUAUGAAGGCCACAUUCCAGCUUGACGGGUCAAGAGUCCAGGAUGAAAAUGCACGCCGUAUUGGACGGCUUGCCACCGGCAUUAUGAGACAACUUGGCACCGCAGAGACCAAACUGCGUGUGCAUUUGCCUCACUACGAUGAUGCUCUUGUUGGAACUGCGGUUCUGCCACCCAUCACUCUCAAUCUUGUCGAUGGGCAAAUCACACAUUUGGAUUUUGUUACCGACUUCGCUCCUGGCGAUACGGACACAAUGCGAAAAGUAGUCAACGAGUGGCUCAAGGGAAAUCUCGACACACUCAAGGUCACUGGCGCUACUGCCGUCAGCCUGAAAUCAGGCAUCUUUCCCCUGGGAACUCAUGACGUUUCGGAAUCUAUGGUAUUUGAAGCCAAUGAGCUUCCCUCUAUGCCCGAAUACACCAUCCAAAACCUCGCUUUCCAUGACGUCCCUAUUGGCGAGAAUGGUCAGAUGGGAGUCGGCGCAAACGUCUCCAUCACGGCUUACAACGAAUUUCCGAUCGGGUUGACCAUCCCGUCUCUCGGAUUCGAAGUACUCGUACCGAACUGUAACUCGUCUCAGUCAAACAUCAAGGUUGCCUCAGCCGUGACAAGCGCCAUUGAAGUGCACCCUAAAUCCAAUGUUACCGUAGAGGCCGAAGGAAUCGUUCGGGAGUUGCCAGAAACACUUACCAAAGCAUGCCCGUCAAGCGAGCUGUCCCCUCUCGAUAACUUUAUGAAACGUUAUCUGCAUGGGGAAGACGCUGAAGUCUUUGUCCGCGGAAAGGCGCCAGAGAGCGGCGAUCUGCCACGGUGGAUUGGGGAGUUCAUUGAAAGUAUCACUGUUCCCAUCCAGUUCCCAGGCCGAUCCUUGGAUAACUUCCUCCGCAACUUUUCGCUUGAAGACGUGGACUUCAAGCUGCCCAGCCCGUUUGCCGACCCAAACGAUCCUGACAGCAAGCCGAGGGUGUCAGGUACCGUGCAGGCUCUUGCAGCUAUUCCUGCCGACUUGAAUAUCAACAUUGAAGUCACUAGCCUCCGCGCUAAUGGUGACCUCAUAUACAAGGGCAAGAAGUUUGGAAGGCUGAUCAUUGAAGAGUGGCAAAAGGCUACCUCAAGCAUAAUCAACCACCCUGGAGACGAAGAAGAUUUGCUUAAGGUGAUUUCUCGAAUCGUCAAUGCCCCCAUCGAUAUUACCGACAGCGACACAUUCUCGGACAUCAUACAACAACUCUUGUUUGGCGACGAAGAUAUCAUCCUCGACGUUAAUUCCACCGUGGAUGCCAAGGUAUCGACCGUCCUUGGCGACCUUAUCAUUCGAGGAGUUCCUGCAACAGGCAAAGUCCCUGUCAAACACGUGCCUGGGGACACGCUCGCAACCUUGAAUCCGCAGGUCGGAGAGGUGCAUAUCCUCAAUACUUCUAGCACAGGCGUACAUUUACAAGCAUCAGUCAACAUUAGCAACCCAACACCAUACGCGGCAUCGGUACCAUAUGCCAAUAUUCAUAUUUUACAAGAUGAGCUUUUGAUCGGCGAAGCUAUUACAAGAAACCUGCAUUUUAAACCAGGCAAUAACACAAACAUUAUAGUGGAGGCUACAUGGGAUCCUUAUACAUUCGGCGGAGAGAAGGCGCAUAAAGCUGCCCGUCACCUACUAUCGGACUAUUUGUCCGGGAAAAACACAACCAUUACGCUGAGAGCGCAUAAUGACACUAUCCCAACGUUGCCCAUCAUUGGAGAGGCCCUGUCAAAAAUCAACCUGACUGUAUCAACGCCACGGCUAGACCUACCAGGAGAUGGUGACAAUGGGGAGAGUGAAGGCUUUAUUCGAGAUGCCACAUUCCACAUUUUUUCGUCCACCGCGGCAUUCACACUUGCCUCGCCCUUGCGUCACGAUACAGUAUAUAUAGAGUACAUUAACGCCACAGCGUUCUACAACCACACCGAACCUGUAGGCCAAAUUGUCCACGGGAAAGCAUUCGAAGUUCCUCCGGGGCUGUCACAAACCCCAAAACUACCAGUUGAAUGGUCAGCAGACCAUGUGGGGCUUGAUAAGAUCAAGCAAGCUCUGGGCGGGCGCUUGAAGUUGGAUGCAGUGGCAGACGUCACAGUCAGGCUGGGGUAUUGGAUUGAAACGGUUCAUUACGUGGGUAAAGGGAUUGGCGCGAGAGUUUCUUUAUGA